UUGGAGUUCCUCUCCUUUUUCUCCCACUUUUCUCCACUCCCCCUGUUUCUUCACAUCCUCCCCUUUUCCCAGUGUUCUGCUGAAGCCUCCCCCUUUCCCAGCCUCCAGAUGAUGCCUCCCCCCUUGUACUGCAUGCAGACCCCUGCCUAGCAGCACCUCUGCAGAGACAGGAGGGAGGGGACCAGAGCCACAAUCAGAAUCACAAUGUAUCUUAUUUAUUAAGGGCUCUCUCGCUUCAACCUUGGCUGAUUUCCACAAGUGUUUGCAAUUCUGGGGUAUAUUUUCUAUUUUUCUUGAUUUUUGCAUUUUUAUUGUUCCAAAUGGCAUUACCACAUCCUGGAGCCUGGAUACGUCUAUUGGAUAAGGAAUUCUAGCGGUUUUCACUUCCCUUCAUGAUUUAAAUCCAGGGGAAACAAAAAAAAAUAAAGGAUUUUAGAGAAAAUGGAGAACGAAAUAUUUGCUCCAGUCCUGGAAAAUUUUCUGUCCAGUCCUCUGGUGAUCUGGAUUAAGACCUUUGGAGCCCUGGUAAAAGGCAAUGGGACCCUGCUAGAUGAAUAUGUGGCUCUGGUGGACGGUGUGUUCCUCAAUGAGGUCAUGUAUCAGAUAAAUCCUAAAGCAGACAAUCAGAGAAUUUAUAAAAAGAUCAACAACGAUGCUUCCCUCAGGAUACAAAAUUUAUCUGUGCUGGUGAAACAAAUCAAAUCAUAUUAUCAGGAAUCUUUACAACAGUUGGUUAUGAUGACUCUGCCAAACGUUUUAGUUAUUGGAAAAAAUCCAUUUUCUGAACAAGCUACGGAAGAAGUGAAGAAACUUCUCCUCCUGAUGCUGGGUUGUGCAGUACAGUGUGAAAGAAAAGAAGAAUUUAUUGAAAAAAUACAGAACUUGGAUUUUGACACAAAGGCCGCAGUUGCCGCUCAUAUUCAAGAGGUGACGCACAAUCAGGAAAACGUGUUUGACCUGCAACUAAUGGAUGCAGCAGAUUUGUCUCCAGAAGAUGUAGAUUCUCUUCUUAAAAGCACUGCAUUCCAUUUAAAAAGGCUAGUCGAUGAGCGGGAUGACCAGUCAGAGACCAUUAUCGAGCUCGCAGAGGAGAGGGACUCUCUCCACUUCGCACCUCUGUCUACAUCAGCACAGUCUCCGUCAGGAUCCCCAGGAAUGAGACGCACAGAGAGCAGACAGCACCUGUCAGUAGAACUGGCGGACGCCAAAGCUAAAAUAAGACGCCUGAGGCAGGAGCUAGAAGAAAAAACAGAGCAAGUUUUGGACAGUAAGCAGGAAGCCGCACAACUGGAGGCAGAGCUAAAACGACUUCAACAGGAGAAUAUGAAUUUACUUGGAGAUGCUCGGUCUGCAAGAGUUUACCGAGAUGAAUUAGAUGCACUCAGGGAAAAGGCUAUCCGAGUGGAAAAGCUUGAAAGUGAAGUGAAUCGCUAUAAAGAGAGAAUGCAUGACAUUGAAUUUUACAAGGCUAGAGUUGAGGAAUUGAAAGAAGACAAUCAAGUGCUUUUGGAAACCAAGUCAAUGUUAGAAGACCAACUGGAAGGUGCACGAGCCCGAUCGGAUAAACUACAUGAGUUAGAGAAGGAAAACUUACAGUUUAAAGCUAAAUUUCAUGACAUGGAGAUGGAGCGGGACAUGGACAGAAAAAAAAUUGAAGAACUUAUGGAGGAAAACAUGUCUCUGGAAAUGGCCCAAAAACAAAGUAUGGAUGAGUCUUUACAUCUUGGCUGGGAGCUGGAACAGCUAUCUAAAACCAGUGAUCUCCCUGAAACUCCACAGAAAUCCCUUGGACACGAGGUGAAUGAGCUCACGUCAAGCAGACUUCUGAAGCUGGAGAUGGAGAACCAAACUCUGCUGAGUACUCUGGAAGAACUCAGAAGCACAGUGGGUUCCACAGAAGGCACGAAUGCAAAGAUCCUGAAAAUGGAGAAAGAAAACCAAAGACUGAACAAAAAGCUUGAAAAACUAGAGGCUGAAUUAUGUCACGAGAGGCAAAGCAUUCAGAGCAGCCACAAUCUGAGUGAUGACCUCAUGAAAGAAAAAUCACAGCUAGAAAAAACCAUAGAGAUGCUUCGUGAGAACUCUGAGAGACAGAUCAAAGGCCUAGAGCAAGAGAACGAGCAUUUGAAUCAAACCAUCGCUUCCUUGAGACAGCGUUCCCAAAUUGGGGCAGAGGCGAGGGUCAAGGAUAUUGAAAAGGAAAAUAAAAUUCUGCACGAAACCAUUAAAGAGACAAGUGGCAAAUUAAACAAGAUAGAAUUUGAAAAGAAGCAAAUCAAGAAGGAUCUGGAACAUUUCAAAGAGAGAGGUGAGAAAGCGGAGGAACUGGAAAAGGACUUGCACAGAGUACAAAAAGAAAACGAACAUUUGCAAAAAAAGAUAACCAGCUUAAAUAUAAUCUGUGAAAAGACAGAGUCUUUGGAGCACGAAAACGUAACCUUAGAAGUUGAAAACCGAAAGCUAAAAAAGACUUUGGAUAGUUUAAAGAAUCUUAAGUAUCAGAUGGAGUCACUGGAGAAAGAAAACGGUCAACUUGAAGAAGAAAAUUUAGAUUUACGGAGAGCUGUAGAAUCUCUGAAGAGCACAAAUAUCAAAGUAGCUCAAUUACAACUGGAAAACAAAGAGCUGGAAAAUGAGAAGGAGCAGUUAAGGAAAUCGAUGGACCUCAUGAAAGCAUCUUGCAAGAAAACCGAGCGUUUAGAAGUUAGUUACCAAGGGCUGGACACCGAAAACCAAAGGCUGCAGAAGGCACUGGAAAACAGCAAUAAAAAGAUUCAACAGCUGGAAAAUGAACUGCAAGAACUAGAAUCGGAAAAUCAGACCUUGCAAAAGAAUCUGGAGCAGUUAAAGAUCUCGAGUAAGCGGCUGGAGCAGCUGGAGAAAGAGACCAAACUUCUGGAGCAGGAGACUUGCCAAUUAGAACGCGAUAAAAAGCAGUUGGAAAAAGAGAACAAGAGACUGCGUCAACAAGCAGAAGUUAAAGACACAACCCUGGAAGACAACAAUGCCCAAAUAUCGAACUUGGAGAGAGAAAACAAGUUGCUUUCUAAGGAAGCGGUCACCUUCAAAGAUUCGUGUGCAAGGCUGAAGGAGCUAGAGAAGGAAAACAAGGAACUUGUAAAAAGAGCUACGAUCGAUAAGAAAACCCUAGUCACCUUAAGAGAGGAUCUGGUGAAUGAAAAGCUGAAAACACAACAGACAAAUAACGACCUUGAAAAACUAGCACACGAACUGGAGAAGAUUGGGUUAAACAAAGAGCGCCUCCUUCAUGACGAACAGUCUACUGAUGACAGCAGAUAUAAGCUUUUGGAGUCAAAAUUAGAAUCAACCUUGAAGAAAACUCUUGAAAUCAAAGAGGAAAAAAUUGCAUCUCUUGAAGCUAGAUUGGAAGAGUCGACAAAUUUCAACCAGCAACUUCGUCAAGAACUUAAAACUGUGAAAAAGAACUACGAAGCACUUAAGCAAAGACAAGAGGAGGAACGACUAGUUCAGAGUUCUCACAGGCCUGAAGACGAGCAUAUGCCUGUGACGAAAUGGGAGAGGGAGAGUCAGGAGACCACGAGGGAGCUUCUGAAAAUCAAGGAUCGCUUAAUAGAAAUUGAGAGAAAUAAUGCUACUUUGCAGGCAGAGAAGCAAGCACUGAAAACACAGCUGAAACAACUGGAAAACCAAAAUGACAAUUUACAAGCACAAAUUUUGACCCUUCAGAAGCAAGCAAUUUCCUUACAGGAGCAGAAUACAACUCUUCAGACACAGAAUGCUAAACUGCAGGUUGAAAACUCAACUCUUAAUUCGCAGAGCACAUCACUUAUGAACCAAAAUUCCCAGCUCCUUAUCCAGCAGUCUAGCUUAGAAAAUGAAUAUGAAUCUCUUGUGAAAGAACGAGAGGAGCUGAAGUCAAUGUACGAUCUGUUGGUUAAAGACCACGAGAAACUGGCACACGUGCACGAAAGUCAAGCGUCAGAGUACGAAUCUCUUAUCUCCAAGCACGGCAGCCUUAAAUCUGCACAUAAAAAUCUGGAAGUGGAACACAAAGACCUCGAGGACAGGUACAACCAGUUGCUCAAACAAAAAGGCCAAUUAGAGGAGCUGGAAAAAGCCCUUAAACUGGAGCAGGGAAAGAUGCUACAGGAAAAUAAACAACACGAAAUGUUAUCCUCGGACUACCAGAGACUUACAGAGGAACAUGAGAGGCUAAACCAUACCUACAGACAGCUCUUGCGAGAGAAUGAAAGUCUCCAAAGUGACCAUAAAAACAUGAAAAGUUUGCUAAACAACGGUAAACUGGAACAGACCAGGUUGGAGGCUGAAUUUUCCAAACUAAAGGAACAAUAUCAACAACUGGAUAUAACGUCCACUAAACUCAAUAACCAAUGUGAGCUUUUGAGCCAGCUGAAGGGAAAUUUGGAAGAAGAAAACCGGCAUCUCUUAGAUCAGAUACAGACAUUAAUGUUGCAGAAUAGGACCUUGCUGGAGCAAAACAUGGAGAGCAAAGAUCUUUUCCAUGUUGAGCAAAGACAGUACAUAGAUAAAUUGAACGAGCUUCGCCGUCAGAAAGAAAAACUAGAAGAGAAGAUCAUGGACCAGUACAAAUUCUAUGAGCCAUCUCCUCCAAGAAGAAGAGGAAACUGGAUAACGCUAAAAAUGAGAAAGCUAAUCAAGUCUAAGAAAGAUGGCAAUCGAGAACGUCUGAGGUCGCUCACACAUGCACCUUCUCGUUCGGAGUCCAGCGAAGGGUUCCUACAGCUUCCUCUGCAAGACAGCCAAGAUAGUUCAUCUAUUGGUUCAAAUUCUCUCGAGGAUGGACAUCCACUCGGUGCCAAGAAGAGCAGCAUGGUUGCUCUGAAAAAGCUGCCUUUUAUGAGGAACAGACCGAAGGAAAAAGACAAAAUGAAGGCUCUCUACCGCCGCUCCGUGUCCAUGAAUGACCUGGUGCAGUCCAUGGUCCUGGCAGGUGGACAGUGGACAGGUAGUGCUGAGAAUCUGGAGGGUCCUGAUGAUGUUGCUACCGGGAAAAGGAGAAAUGAUUUGGGAUCUAUGGCCUUCUCCACAACCGCUAUCAACUUUUCAACUCUCAACCCGUCCAUGGGAUUCAGACCCAAGCUGAUACCUAAAAGUAAAGAUGGGACUUCCUACGAAGAUGUCAGUGUCCAUGGCGUGAACGAUGAUUCCUAUACUGUUACUACACUGCCAGCUCCCAGGCCAUCCAGCCUUGAUAGUGGCAGGACAUCAUAUAGUAAUAGCAAUAAUAAUGCCUCAAUCCAUGAAGUUACAGCAGGCGCAAUACUAAACCAGACUAGGUCUCAAAGCCAUAACAGCGGAGACUUCAACCUGCAUCACGAUCAAGAAGUCUUUUCCAACAGCAACAGUCCAGUCCAGUACUUUGGCCAUCGCUUAAAAAAGAGUGCCGUGUCUAGUCCUAUGCUGAAACUAAAGUCCUAUGACAACCCCGAGAGCCUCACCCUGUCCAAACACAGGCUCAGUUCUCCAGGAAGUGAGAUGGUCUCUCUUAAGCAGUUUUUAGAGGAAAGCAACAAACUCACUGUAAGUCAGAUCCGGUCUGGGAGCCAGGAAAACCUUCUGGAUGAAGUUAUGAGGAGUCUGUCUGGCUCUGCGGAAUCGGCAGGAUUCCAAUCUCCCACACAGCUGUCUCCUGGCAUUUCGCUAGGUGAAAGAAAGACUGGUAAACCAGAGCAAUGCGUGCGACCUAACCCUCGCAAGGCAGAGGACACUCGAUUCACAUUCCCACCCACAGUCAAUACACAAUCCUCGGAUGAACAUUAUGCACUCACACAUGGGGCUGGAUCGACUCAAAAGCAAACAAAAGAUUCCAAUCCCUAUGCAACCUUACCCCGUGCAAGCAGUGUUAUCUCUACAGCUGAAGGGACAACUCGGAGAACAAGCAUUCAUGAUUUUUUAUCCAAAGACAAUAGGUCACCAAUAUCAGUUGACCCAUCACCAACAACAGAGGAUGCCCCAUCCUUAUUGAAUGUGGAGGCAACACAAGAAAUCAGGCUAUCAAAAAGCAGGUCUAGAGAACAGCAAACCCCUUAAUUUAGUCAGCCAGUUCAAGUGAUAUACCAAGUGAGAGAAAAGUGUCCUUCAAUUUGUCAUUGAGAAGUUUUUGUUUCUGAAGUAGCAACGCGUCCAAGCCUCUGAAUGCCAAUCAGAGAACUUAAUUGCAGAGCUCCACAGUAGAGCUUGGAAGUCUUUCAAACUUUCUUUCCUUGAAUCAAGGAGUUCUGCUGGAGUGAAAAUCAAAAUAAAUACAUAAACCAGAGACGUCUUAAAGUGUUUCCUGCAUUUUGCACUGGGAAAAUGUUCGGCAGUCCUGCUCAGGACGGACUGUGUGUUUGAGGACCUGCAUUCCCUUAUGAACUAAUCCUUUCUGGCUUCUGAUCAUUGGCUUAAAGUAGUUGCACCAAUUUCUUUUUUUAUUCUAAGAACAAGAAGAAAAAAAAAAUGUCUUGCUUUUUUAAAUUUUUUUUAUUUUUUUUUGCAAAAUCAAAGCUUCCUGGCAUAAUCACUGCCUCAUGUGAUUCACAUAUAUAUUGCAUGUAGAUGCAUUAAAAUAAAAACGUAUGCUGCGCUUACGAACGUUGAAAUCACAAGUCUACGUGCUUGGUUCCAGCCACAGACACACUCAUGCUUUGUGAUAUUUGGCACCUUUUAACGUUUUGUACCUACGUGUAAGUAGGUAACAGUAUUAUGGAUUUUGGGUUCCACUCCUCCUGAGAGGCACCAUGCCAAGUGCCACUGUUGUUUUGGCACAUUUUGCCUCUAGCAUUAAUAUUAGGCUCUUCAUAUAUACCGUAUAACAAGAUCUUACCGUGUUUAUUCCAUUAGACUUUUAAUCCAAGAACAUUUUACAGAACUUUACAAAUGACAAUGAUGUUCCUGCACUGAAAAUGUUAGUGAAUGGGGGAAAGAAACAGAGAAUCGAUGUAUGGCGUACGUGUCCUCCUCCUGGGCACGUAAUAAGCAGUCUUUAUCUUGUCACAACGACGGAUGUCAGUGUGUUUUUAUCUAAUGGGAAUCCAUGUUUUAAAUUGGUUAACCAGUUUUGGUUAAAAGGUGAGUGUGUUUUCAUAAUUUGGGUGUGUUGAACUUUACUGUACGAUAUUGUUUCAGUGGCAAAAAUGGAUCUUAAUUUAAACCGUUAUGUCUUUUAAUUAUUUCCCAUGUGUUUGCUUAUUGGUUCUUGCAGGACAAUGUACAUAACUGCAUUUAAGACAACAAAAGACG